AUGUCAUCACCGUCGAGUGAUUCUUCAGCAAGUGAUAGCACAGAAGGGGCCGGUCAAUCUUGGUGGGCUGCGCCUUACAAACCUGGGAGGCCGGAUCCUUUUACAGCCAAAUCGCCAUUGGGGGAUGACGAUGAUAACGACGAGGUAGUCAGAAUACCUACAUCGUCGUCGUCGUCGUCAUCAUCACCAUCAUCUUCCUCUUCAGCUCAGUCAACAUCAAAGCCGCUGAUAUCAGAACCAGCUGUGUCAAUAAUCAAGGGUUCCAUGGGCGCAUCAAAUUCUUCUACCAACAAUAAUGGUCAAAGAAGGAAAAUGGUUGAAAUCGCACCAUCACCAUCUGAUCCCUUUCACUAUGGAAGUAUUGCUACGUCAUCAUCAACACGAAGCACUCGAGAUGGGCAAAAUAUACCGCCGCCUUCGAGGAUGCCGACAAUAAAUAAUGGCAAUAGUGUAUAUGAGCACCAGCAACAAGCGCCAAGGGCACGAAAUCGACCGCCACCACCACCACCACCACCACUGGAUGAGGGCAUGAACGAGAGGAGUGACUUUGGGCAGCAACAAGCACCAAGGACACGAAAUGGAUCACCACCACUGGAUGAUAGUGACUUUGGGCAGCAACAAGCACCAAGGACUCGAAAUGGACCACCACCACUGGAUGAUAGUGACUAUGGGCAGCAACAAGCGCCAAUAACACGGAAUAGACCACCACCACAGGAUGAUAGUGACUAUGGGCAGCAACAAGCGCCAAGGACUCGAAAUGGACCACCACCACUGGAUGAUAGUGACUAUGAUCCUCAGCAAGCAACAAGGGGACGAAUUGGACCACCACCAUUCGAUGAUGACAUAUAUGGGAGGAGUGACUAUGGGCAACAAGCACAAAGGACACGAAACCGACCACCUUCACUCGAUGGUGCUGACUAUGGGCAGAAACAAGAAGCACCAAGAAUACGAUUUAGACCGCCACCACUGAAUGAUGACAUCUAUAGGAGUAGUGACUAUGAUCAGCAAACACCUAGGACACAAAUCCAACAACCACCUCUCAAUGAUGCCAUUUAUGAGAGGAGAAGGAAGAAUAAUCGGGGGUCUACUAUGGAUGCGGUACCAGUGUCGUUUAGGGAUGUCACUUAUGCCAGUGCUGAUGCGGCUCGCCAACGACCAAGAAAUACUGAUAAUCUGAAGAGCGCCGCUGUCCCAUUGAAAGGAUCUGAUGAGGAAACAUUUAUGCCAAAUGACGACAACGGGAUGAGAUCUACUGGCACCACUAGAAAAAAGCCAGGAAGGGUCCGAAGGAAGCCUAUCUCGCCGAUCGAUGCCGACGUUAUUCCAUCACCACCGUCCUAUGGAUCAGAUGUACAAUCUUCGAUACCAGCCUCGAAUAAUGCCUUCUUUCAAAGACCGCCCAAGCCGCGGCGGGAAAGAGACAAAUCUAGAAAAACGGCCUCGCCCUCGAGUCAAACAGAACCUUUCUAUUAUACCAGCGAUGUCUAUUCGGAAGAAGACCCGUCAAUCCAGUCGGUAUUUCCACAACGGACGAGCCUUCCAUCUCGAUCUGGAGGUUCUAUGAGUCUUUUUGAGAAUUCGCCCGAGAGUCUUUUCGAGGAUUCGUCCCAGACUCGGUCCAACCUUGAGACUUAUAUGCAAUCAUCAUCAUCCAGUCCCUUCUCCUUUCAAUACGAUAAAGAAGCUGCGGCCAUGAACGGAAUGGAUUUUGUGAAGUUUUUGGAAUCACGCGGUAUGCGGGACAACGGGAACUCGCAACAACAACAAAUACAGCGGCAGCAACAGCAAAACGAGUGGCAACAACAAGUCAUCACCAAUCGAGCCUACCAAACCAGCAUUAUUACAAGGGCAAAAAACCGGACGCCGCCGACCAAAUUGGACAUAGCAGCCAGUACCCUGGGUGGAUCCUUGUUGGGGGCAUCGAUUGGGAUUGCCGGAGCGUUAAAUCCCGAAUUGGGACUGAAUAUUGUCGGACAAUCUGCCAUGCUGCCACCAGUACUGUGGGCUGCCAUGAUUGGGACGGUUGGCUAUGCUGGAGGUGUUGCGGACAAUGACGCUGGUUACUCGAUUCGACAUGUCUUUAGUCUUGGUAGUAGCUUGAAGACUGGAAUAAAGAGUUUUGUCAACUCGGCCAGAAUGACUGUGGAAAAAACGGCCAAUGAAGCGCUACGGAUGGUUUCGGGUCAAGAAGAUCCACCUGCGCGAAUCCAUCAUGUUACGAUCAAAACAAGAGAUUUAGCUUCCGCCAUGGACUUUUAUAGUUUGUUUGGCUUUGAAUCAAAAUCCAAGUUCCGGAUUGGCCAAACCAGGGCCACAUGGCUGGACAAUGUGGUGGCUGGAGCAGGACGAAUAGAACUGAUUGAAGUGCCAUCAGAUAGCAACCGACGAGCUUUGGACCGUGUCCGAAAUCAGGAAUUGUUGGGUUGGAAUCACAUGACAUUAGACGUUUCGGAUCUGAUGUGGAAGAAUGGAUUUGAGACCCUUUCUGAGUUCCUAGCAUACUUGAAUGAGAAGAGCUUUUACCAGAGUGGAAAAGGAUUAAGUUUGGCAGUCGAACCACAGAAACAAGCCAUUGACGAUCAUAUCUACGACACAGCUUUCUUGUAUGAUCCGGAUGGUUCAAUGAUCCAGUUACAACACUUGACAAAAGAGCGAGCAGAAGACUACCGAAUCUCCGCCUUCCACUAUGGCGAGCCAACUGGUGGACAAGGUCUGGUCGAUCAGUCGGGGAGUUAUCAAGGAUGGUGGUAA